CGGGAAGGACGGCGAGGCGGCCGGGAGGCUCCGAGUGGCGGUCGACAUGUUUCGGGCGCCGGAGAGCAAGGGAGGCCGGGCCAGCUCCAGCUUGUAGAGCAAUGGGUAUUGGGAGUCACAUAGAGUCGCCAGAGCUGGCGGUGUCCUGCCGCUGGAGGAGCCAGCUUGCGUUGUCCAGCUGGUUUUUCAGCUGCCUAAGAGUUUUCGUUUUUGUGAGCCUUUUCUGUGACCCAGCCCCACAAUAAAAGCAGAAGAAUGUGACGUCUGUUGAGGGCCAUGAAGCCCCCGGGAGGAGAGCCGAGUGAUCGUCCAGAAGAAGCCGCACCUCCACGCAGGCCAGACAGGAUGGCAUCUAAUAUUUUUGGAUCAACUGAAGAACCUCAGAACAUACCCAAAAGGACCAAUCCCCCUGGGCAGCCCAGAAGAGAACCUGCUGGUGUGUCCAGCCCCGCAGACUCCGGGGAGGGCCUAAUGGAGCACGUUCGGAGCAAGGGACUUGCCACCGGCCGUCACUGGAAGUUAACCAAGGCUGGUCGGGUGCCGUGUUUCAUCUACUCUUCUGGUUUAGACCUCCUCCUGACAGUGGUGAUUGAUACAGGGGGGAAAGGAAGUGGUAUAUUUGAUGAAUCCAUGCCUGUGCAGACUCGACAGCGUCUGAACCCCCCUGGUGGGAAGACCAGUGACAUUUUUGGCUCCCCAGUCGCUGCUACUUCACCCAUGGCACACCCAAACAAACCCAAGGACCACGUGUUCCUGCGUGAGGGAGAGGACACACUGGACCUUAGAGCCGCAGCCAGCGCCUCCCCCAGACAAGAGCCGGGUGAGCCAGGUGGCCCAAGAGAAGCAGCCCACGCCCAGGAGCCUGCGCCCACCGUUGACAGCCAUGAGCCCAGGCUGGGCCCGAGGCCUCGCUCCCACAACAAAGUCCUGAACCCGCCUGGAGGCAAGUCCAGCAUCUCCUUCUACUAAGACGCUGCUGCGUCCCCCAUAGCCAGACAAGAAACUCGAGAGAUAGGAUUUCAAAAUUAUAGUUUCUUUAGCCUGAAGGAGCGGGGUGGGGAAGAGGGUCUGUUGGGUGGACACCUGAAGCUGCUCCUCCGGCUCCACUGCCAUCACGAGAAGCCGGAGACCUCGCCUCCCGGAAACCAAGGGAGGAAAUGUGAUCCCUGGUGUGAGAGGAGCUCUCUGGUGGGUGGGCAGGGAGGUGGUGCCAGGCAGGUGCGCCUGAGGCGUGGGGUCUUCACGUCCUUGGUGUGUUGGCUAAUUGGGUAUCUAGGAGUCACUAACGCAGUAGCAGAGUUUAAAGUCUUUGAGAGAAAUCCAAAAACCACGUGUCCGUUACUGUGGGAUAGAAGAGCAAGACACACUUUAACCCUAGCGGGGUGGGGAGGGUGGGUAUCUGGAUAGACCCCUCAGAUCCUGAUGCCGUUUACCCUUCAUGGACACGGUCUCUGUUUCUGGGACUUCGUCCCCAGUGUUUUUCACUUCCGUUCCACAGAUUUUCUUGAAACAUCGUCAUUGCUUUUCCUCAGCAGCUGUCAACAAAAAACCAAAAUGUUUUUCUCAGUCUUAUGACUUUAUGGAAAGAUUUUGUACCCUGAUCUCCCAAGGUGCCCCGCUUCUGCCCUCGCAAUCCUUGGCCAGAUCUUACAUAGAAAUCUCUCCCUUUCGUCCACGAGAGCCUGGUUUUGGGCUCUUUACAGUUUUGCUUGUGAAUUGUUCCUUUUUUCCUCAUCAGCCUUAAGCCUAGGCCUUUGCUCCUCACUAAUGAUGUGGACGGUUCCCUUCACCAGCAACACUUCCUAUCUACAAGGCCACUAACUUUUAUAGGACUUUAAAACUACCCAGAUAUAUCCAGGUAAUGGGAUUGUUUAACUCCUUCAUGUGUCUUCCUUUAUAUUCCUGCUGACAGUGGGAAGAAGAGAUGCUUGAGAACCUUGGGUUCUUAGGUUUGGAUUCUGUCAUAAUAGCUCAAGACCCGUUCUCAAGUACCUGCUUUACAUCAGUAACUGUUGACUCUGGUCUGUUUCUGACACCUUUCUAGAAAAAAGUCUUGCUCAGGUACACCAAAGAGGAAGGAAAGUGUUCUUAGGCCACCCUUUAUAAAGCUUUGCAGAACCUCUGGAUCAUAUUCACAGUUUCCAGACGAGUCUUAGAGACCUUAGGCCAAGAGAUUAAAUAGUUUGGCAGUAAAGUCUCAACUGGCCCAUUCCAUGAUAUUUGCCAGCAAAGAUAAUGGGCUGGCAAGAAUCGUGCUGCUGUAAUCUGUCAGGUGAAAGUUUCUCCCAUUUAGCCUCUAAAGGGCUAAGGUGUUGGUUCCUGUACUGCAGUCACAUGGGACCAACAGUUUGGGUUGGAGCUACUGGUCCGAGUGCCUACAAAGCUAAUGCAGGUGCUAAAACUGUCUUCAUCGUUAAAAUGUAGUCACACUCCUAGUGGCCUGGACGCUCAAGUGCCUGCAGAAGCUCCCUGCCAAGCUCCACAUCCUCCACCGGCGCUGGGGGGUUCACACGGUGCUUUGCCAAGCAAAGACACUUUGCUUUUCUGUCCCCCUGUUGACUUUGGAGCCGAGAAACACUGAUUCCAUGUGACUCUAUCAAGUGCUUCCUAUCUCCUCCAUCCUUCAAAUGGUCAUUUAUAGGAAAGUUGUCUGGAAUUCAUUUUUUUCCACAUUAAAAAAUGUCAUAAAUGGUGGUUAGCUUUUAAGCUCAAACACACUAACUUGUUUAACUUACAAUAAGAUGUUCCAAAGGUAGAAAUGAACUGCUAUUUAUAACUUUUUUUAAUAUACAAGAAAAUGAUUUGUGAAUUCCAAAUUGGAUUGCCAAGAAGACCCUGACGUGCUGCUGGCCCUCGGGGCUUCAGUCUCACCGUCAGUUACAUGAGGGGAAGAGCUUUCUAGAUCUGUCCCCUGGCAGGGACUUGCGGAGCAGAGCUGGGGUUAGAGGCCUGGGGUAAGGAGGAAAACAACCAGAGCAGAGCCUCUGGGCAGCAGUGACCACAUCACCUUACUUUUGUUCCCAUCUUCCCUCUUCCUUUCCCUCCUGGGGGCCGUGGGCAUGGGUUUAGAGAGCCCCGGGCAGUCUGGUCACUGGGAGGAGCAGCAGAAAAGUUUUUGCUCCUUUGAACCUGAUGGGGGAGGCCAUUUGCAUUUGGAAAAUGCUCUGUACAUUGGGAACUGCCUGUAUUUGGAAGCUUCAUUAACUCUUAGCAUCCUUUUCUCAACCUCCAAGCUGCAUUGAGAAAUUACUCAUCUGUAUUUUUAUUAAGCCUUAAAACUUUAUGUGUAUUUGGUGCCAACUUUUUGUAAAGCUGUAUCAAAAACAACAAACCUGUGCUCACAUCUCUGUGUAACUUUGAGAGGAGCAUUCUGUUAUUUUUACAAGGCAGGAGUGGGUGUAGCCGUUGAAUUAAACUUAGCAGUCACGUA